AUGAAAAGCUCCCCUGAUUCUGGUCUGGGCACAGCCAGGGUCCAGCAUCUGCAGGCCGCAGCGCCAUUGGGUGACACCCAGGAGCCAGCAGGGCAUCGGCAGUGGUUCGGAGGAAUCCUUCUGUUUUCUGAGGCGAUGUCUGCCUCUGACAUUCUUGGAGGUGUUCAGCACACCACCUUCAUGCGGUUUGAUGCAGUUUUCCAGGACAUGAAGCAAGAGAUGUCGGAACACUGCCUGCUCCUCAUCCCUCAUCCUCCCCAGAUGUUUCCCCCAGUAAAUCGUUUGCACCUCUAA